AUGGCCCUUGCGCAAGAGACAAAGAGCAUUGUUGCUCGGUUUGAGUAUUCCGACGAUGCUAUCAACGCUGGCGUCAAGGAAUUUAUCGUCCAGAUGACCGAGGGUCUGGAAGCACAUGGCAGCUCAUUGAGUCAAAUUCCAACCUACGUCACCGCAGUACCCAAUGGAACAGAAAAGGGCCUGUACCUCGCGGUCGAUCUGGGCGGCACCAACCUUCGGGUCUGCUCCGUCCGGCUGAAUGGAGACAAUUCGUUCAACCUCACGUACAGCAAGGCAGCCAUCCCAAAGUCUUUGAUGGUCGCCAAGACGGCCAAGGAGCUCUUUGCCUUCAUCGCCCAGCGCAUUGACGAGUUUCUCAAGGAGAACCACUCCGACCACUACGAGAGCCACGUCCGCCGCCGGCAGACAAUGAGCACACCCGAGGGCUACCGGGACGAGAACAUCUUCCGUCUAGGCUUCACCUUCAGCUUUCCCGUCCGCCAGGUGGGCAUUAACAAGGGCUUCCUGAUCCGCUGGACGAAGGGCUUCGACAUUCCCGAUGCCGUCGGCAAGGACGUGUGCGCCUUGCUCCAGACCGAAAUUGACGCGCUGCGCCUGCCCGUCAAGGUGGCUGCCCUGGUCAAUGACACCGUCGGCACGCUGAUGGCUCGUUCGUACACUUCGCCAGGCAAGGCUGGCACCUUGCUGGGGGCCAUUUUUGGCACCGGCACCAAUGGCGCGUACGUGGAGAAGGUCGACAAUAUUAAGAAGACGCUCGAGGGAGAGUACGACACGUCUACGGGCGAGAUGGUGAUCAACACCGAGUGGGGCUCAUUCGAUAACCAGCUGCACGUACUUCCCAGCACGCCGUACGACAUUCAGCUCGACAAGGAGAGCGUCAACCCGGGCAUCCAGAUGUUUGAGAAGCGGGUUUCAGGCAUGUUUUUGGGCGAGAUCGUGCGCCUGACGCUGGUGUCGAUGCUGCAAAAUAAAAACGUGGCGUUGUUUCGCGACGAGAACUCGAGCCAGAACGACUGGAAGUCGACCACAAGCCUCGGGCCAGAGUCAGGCAUAUUUCAGAAGUGGGGCCUCGACAGCGCUAUCAUGUCUGUGGCCGCGCUCGACAACACGUCCGAUCUCGGGACGCUGCGACAGGAGCUGGAGAGCCAGCUUGAGAUCUACUCCCCCUCGCUGGAGGACGCACAGGCUUUCAAGGCCAUUGCCAACGCGGUAGGGCGGAGAGCGGCUCGGUUGUCGGCGGUGCCGCUUGCGGGCGUCAUAUUGCAGUCGGGCAACCUCACGGACCCAGCGCGGGCGGGCGAGCCGAUUGACAUUGGCGUGGACGGCAGCCUGGUCGAGCACUACCCAGAGUUCCGGGACAUGAUCCUGGAGGCGCUGGAGGCGGUUGAGGGCAUCGGUAAGGAGGGCGCACAGCGCAUCCGCAUUGGCAUCGCCAAGGACGGCUCCGGCGUCGGAGCCGCGUUGAUUGCUCUGGUCGCGGCCGGCAUGGAGCAGAGCCAGACGACAGACGUGCUGCAACAAAUGCGCAAGGAUGCGGCGACCAACGGCAACAGUCACCACCUGGUGGCGGUGAUGGAGGCCGAUCAAGAAUGA